AUGACUCUUUUGAUGGCAGGGGAUCAGGAGACUCUCUCCAUGGGAAGACCUCAUGGUAAUGGACGAGCAACUAUCAUGGGUAUAGGGAAAGCACUCCCGGAGCAUGUGUUUGAGCAAAAGUCUUUCCCGGAUUACUAUUUUGAUAUAACCGACAGUAAACAUCUGGUGGAUCUAAAGGCUAGGUUUGCCAAGAUUUGCGAGAAGACAACGACAGAGAAGCGACACUUCUACAUGUCCGACGAGUGGUUGAGGAGCAACCCGUCAGCGACAGCCUACAAGUCUCCUUCCCUGAUCCUUCGGCAAGAGAUCACCGACGAGGGCGUACCUCGGCUCGGCGUGGCGGCGGCGCGCAAGGCCAUAGAAGACUGGGGCAGGCACGCCUCCGACAUCACACACCUCGUCGUCAGCACGACGAGCAGUGGCUGCUUGCCUGGUGCGGACUGGGAGCUCGUGAAGCUCCUCGGCCUCCCACUCUCAACCAAGCGUCUCAUGAUGUACCAGGCUGGCUGCCACAGCGGCUGCUCCGCCAUCCGCGUCUCCAAGGACCUCGCCGAAAACAACCCCGGCGCCCGGGUCCUCGUGGUCGCCUGCGAGGUGUACGCCUUGUCGCUGCGUGGGCCCUCCGAGGACCACCUGGGAAACCUCGUCGGGCAGGCGCUCUUCGGGGACGCGGCAGGCGCGGUCGUGGUGGGGUGUAACCCAUCUCCAGACGAGCGCGCCAUGUUUGAGCUCGUGUCAACGUCUCAGGAGAUUGUACCUGGGACGGGAGACGCCAUCGUGUCCAAGCUGCGGGACGAGGGAAUAGUAUUCACCUUGCAACCGGACGUUCCGUUGCAUGUAUCCGGUGCCGUGGGCCGCUCGGUGGAGCGCGCGCUGCAAGAGAUGAUAGAGAUCGGCGGCAGCCACUUGCCGAUGACGACGACGAUGCCACUGCCACCAGACUUGAACGACGAGGUGUUCUGGGUGGUGCAUGCAGGCGGCAGGCAAAUACUGGACAGAGUGGAGACGGCGCUGGGGCUCACCGGCGAGAAGCUGGCGGCGUCGAGGCAUGUGAUGAGGCAGUACGGCAACACGCGCAGCUCGUGUGUUAUUCUCGUGAUGGAGGAGAUGAGGCGGAGGUCGAAGGAGCAGGGCCUCCCUACCCCAGGAGAAGGCCUGGAAUGGGGACUGCUCAUCGGCUUCGGCCCUGGGAUCACCGUCGAGACCAUCCUCCUCCGUGCCCUAGCAGGCGCUAUAUAG